CAGUCUACGGCCCGGGACAGAGGGACCAGGACCAGCCUCGGGAAGGAGAGCUCGUCGUGGACCCUCUUCUCCUCUCGUACACUCGUAUCGUGAUCUAUGUAUUGUAUCAUCGUUCAGUGUUGCUAGUGUUAACCUUGAAUGUAGCGCAAGGUUCACGAUUCAGUGUGAUAAUGAAAUAGGAUAACAAACUCGACAAGUCAUCAUCGAUCUUUUGAUGAGAUUAUAUCGCUAGUGAUUGGUAGUUGUCUUCGAUAGAUAAAUAUUAUUAUCGUGAUAGAUACGUAUCGAACGUUGUCAUUGGUGGAUUAUAUCGAAGAAACCACCAAUUAUUGGUGGAGAAGUUUGGAAAGAAGAUUGAGAAGACGCGAACGAUGAGCGGAGUGGUUCGGCCGGGAACUGCUCGGAGCACGUGCCUCGCACGCAGAAGGCGCUCCGAGCGGCACCAGGUGCGCUAAUCGAGGACCGAUUUGUGGGAACGAAAUUGUGACGGUGGUAUCGAUAAAUAGAACGUUUCAAGGCACGUACACGCGUUCACGCGUUCGUUCUUUUUAACGAAUUUCGGCGCAUCGGUCACGUGAUCUACGAUUACUCGACGAGGGAAGGAAACCGGCAAGCAGGAAUGCCAGCAGCAGCUCGUGCCGUGAACACUUCGAGGACGAUCUCGAUGAUCGCUUCGUUGACCACUCUUUUUUUUACGUUCAUCGGAAUCGACGGCAUGGGACAUGUCAGUGGACACAACGUUGAACGGAAUACUUUUCAUCAAGAUUCGAGCACAAUUUCGGGACCUGUGUUCAUCGCUCCAGUUGGAAAUCAAACGGCUGCUAUUGGUCGUGAAGUUGUUUUCUCUUGCAGUGUUCGUAAUAUCGGGAAAUACAAGGUUGGCUGGUUACGCGCCUCUGACCAGACGAUCCUCUCCGUCCACACGAGGACGGUGACGCACAACGCGCGUAUCUCGGUCUCGUACGAGUCGAACGGAUGUUCCAUGCCCGCCGGAGUCGCGGGCGGAAGCGCGUUCGGGGUGACAGGAAGUAGCCAAGCCGCGGACGAAGUGGUGAACGGCACGUGGCGGCUCCACAUUCGCCAGUUGAAGGAGUCGGACAGGGACUGUUACAUGUGUCAGAUUAACACCAGCCCCAUGAUAUCCGAGCUAGGGUGUUUGGACAUUCUUGUGCCGCCAGAUAUCGUUUACGGAGGCGACACCAGCGCCGACUUGGCAGUUUCGGAAGGUGACAAUGCGACUCUAAGCUGUCGCGCGACUGGAAGGCCGACCCCGAGAGUGUCCUGGCGAAGGGAAGACGGAGAAGCUAUUCUCAUAAGGGCCUCUUCUGCCGGUGGCGGCAGUUUCGAGAAGCACGAGACGUACAACGGUUCGGUGCUGCAAUUCCAUCGUGUCGAGAGGCGACAAAUGGGGGCGUAUCUGUGCAUCGCCAGCAACGACGUGCCGCCCGCCGUUAGCAAGCGAGUGACGCUCGCCGUGAAUUUUGCACCUGUCGUCAAAGCGCCUAAUCAGCUUCUGGGGGCACCUUUGAGCACGGACGUGCAGCUAGAAUGCUACGUCGAGGCAUUCCCAAACACAAUUAAUUACUGGGUAAAGAACCGACGGGGCUUAGAGGACGAGAUGUUGCUCGAAGGACUCAAAUACAACGUGAGGGAAGAACGAUCCGGAUACAAAGUUCUGAUGUGGUUGUUAAUCAAAGGAUUUACCGAGCAGGACGUAGGCAGUUACAAAUGUGUGUCGACCAAUAGUCUUGGCAAAGCCGACGGCACUUUAAGGUUAUACGAAAUUAAGAUUGGUUUCGAAAGAUCAUCACGAAAGGAUCACGUAUCUAUAAUCGGCGGUUUAGCCGAAGCGGCGCAAAGUUCAGGCGCCGGUAACAGCUUUAAAGGAUUGUUCGAAUGUUGGAAAAAGUUAUCGCAUUAUUUAUCGAUGUGUCUGUUCAUACCAGUGCUACUCUGGCCACGGUGAAGAAGGCAUCCACUGUUGAUCAUCCACUGCCAAAUUGACUGCCGGAUAUCUUUGUGCCAAAAGACAAGAAAUAAAAGCAAGAAUGUGAAUAUGUGUGUUUGAGCGUAAUACAAAUCAAAGAGAGAGUAUUUGCAAUUCUAAACGAAGAAAAGAAAAUUCAAAUUAUUUGAAUGUGUGUGUGAAUGAUGAGAGAAAGAGAGAGAGAGAGAGAAUGUUGGAAAAAGUUAUCGCAUUAUUUAUCGAUGUGUCUGUUCAUAUCAGUGCUACUCUGGCCGCGGUGAAGAAGGCAUCCAUCAACUGUUGAUCACUGCCAAACUGACUGCCGGAUAACUUUGUGCUAAAAAACAAGAAAUAAAAGCAAGAAUGUGAAUAUGUGUGUUUGAGCGUAAUACAAAUCAAAGAGAGAGUAUUUGCAAUUCUAAACGAAGAAAAGAAAAUUCGAAUUAUUUGAAUGUGUGUGUGAAUGAUGAGAGAGAGAGAGAGAGAGAGAGAGAGAGAGAGAGAGAGAGAGAGAGAGAGAAUGGCGAACCAAAGAAAGAAAAAAAAAUAAAACUUGGAGGUUCGUGUUCUCCACACAUCUUCCUAUUUCCCCCUUUCCUACUUCCAAAUGUUGAAAACAUUUUUAGAUCAAUGGAUGUUGUCAAUGUAUGCGCCCAUUUAGAUUUGCAAAUUCAUUUUGCUAAGUGUCGAUUUACAAAAUCGAUGGAUCGAUGGAAAGACGCACCGCAAAAUAAAUAAUAUUAAAAAAAAAAAAUACAAGACUUGGAAACGCUGAAACAGCUUGGCCCUUCCUAAUAAUGCUUUAAUGAAACGUUGAUAAUAAAUACAUUUCACAAUCAUCUUAUCAUUGGUAUCAGCGUUGCGGAUAUUUAGACGUCAGGAAAUUCGAUGUUUCGAAAUAAAAAUAUGCGAUCGAACGUUGUAUA